GGUGUUGCAUGCUAGAUUGCUACAAGCAGGUUAGCUCACAGUCACAGAAUUUUCCUUACAGACAUUUUCUAAACUAUUCUGGAAAAAGCAAUGAGUAACUAUGCUUAAAAGGGAAAUACUUUUAUUCCCUUCUUGGUGUUCAAAUUUAGUUUAUCAAUCAAAGUUGUAUAAACAACUAUCUAACCUUAAAGACUGGUCAAACUGAAGACAACAAAAUCGACCUACCAAUGUCUCUAAAGCACACAAAUUCACACAUCAUAUCUUGUUAGUUCAGCAAAAUGCAAAAAUGACGGUGCACAACCAGGAACUUGCCAUUUAUAACAAGUGUCGGACUGGUCUUCUUCCAGGCUUUGAAGGUUGCUAAGCAACAAGGGAGACUCCAGGGAGUUAUGCAUUUCACAAAAUGUCUAAACAUUGCUUUAAGUUAUCAAAAGAAGUACUGUUAAAUUGCCAACAGAAAUACCCACCCAAUGAUAGCUGCCAUCGUCUGGUUGCAUGACAACAUGUGGGCCACCAGCGUCCUAGCGAACGUUAUUUCAGAAGUCCUCUCUUUCCACCUCCUACUGUUGUUGACCUGAGAUGUUUUUGCGCAAAAUCCUACUUAUUUUAACCGUGAUCUAUUUUAUCGUCAUAGUUCAAGUCACCCUCCAAGGAAAUGUGUUCUGCCUGUUUGACACCCGUCUACCCCAUGGAAAAAAUGGUGGCAAAUAAACUUAUCCUGCACAGGAACUGUUUCUGCUGUAAACACUGUGAGAAGAAGCUCAGCCUACACAACUACUCCUCUCUUUAUGGAGAGUUCUACUGCAUGUCUCACUACCAGCAGCUUUUUAAAAGAAAAGGAAAUUAUGAUGAAGGAUUUGGACACAAGCAGCAUAAAGACCAGUGGCUUCGGAAAGAUAAAGGCACAGAUGAGCCAGAUGCCGUGCCUUCUCCCAAAAUUGUAAAAAGCAACUUGAACACGUCCGACGGCUCCAGAGGGUUCUCUGACGGUGCGUUUGUUCCAAAGUCGCCUGCAAAAGAGCCAACGUAUAAAAGUGGUGCCGACGUUAAGGGCAAACUAAAAAUAAACUGGCCGCCAGAGAGAAAGAGUACAGGGGUUGAUCCAGAGCAACGCACGUAUGUGAAAAAUAAGAUAUCUGACAUUGGCAAAGCGUCUACUCAUAGGAUGAGCUUUUCAGACAACAACCAGUUAAAGAUCAGACGUGGUGGAGAAAUGAAAGAUGAAGUGAAAACACUGUCAAGCUCCUUUGUUUCAGGGGUCAAGGAAGGAUUUAAGACAAGUAAUAACUCAACUGAAAAGCUGACCUCAGAGGAAACCAAUCAAAGCGGUGAGCCAACCAAAGCAGGACAUUUCAGAGGCAACAUCUCUCCGACAGCGCGUGACUUUUCUUCGCUCUCCCGAGAAAAGAGCGUUACUUUCACAAACCUAAAAACAGAGCAGAAAAACGUGGCACCCGGCUCAAAAUCAAACUACAGUCCAGCAUCUAACAGGCUGGGCGCUUAUCCAAACAAAGCUAGGAAGUCCGUGCGGUUUGCUUCAAAUGUUGAUGUUACUCAGUAUGACCUGUCCUCUCAUCUGCCCCCAGGAGCCAGAGAUGAACAGCGCUGUGUGCAGCUUUCAGAUCAAACCGAAAAAAACAAAAUAAAUAGAUCCGAGGAUUCAAAAGAUGACAGGGACAAAAAUAACUCUGAUCAUUCGUCAUUUGAGCUCAGCACAGAACAGAGUACAAGUGAGGCGUACCUUGAAAUCACUGACUAUGAAUGCCACGGAGAUAAGAGUAAUAUGUCGAAACAGGAGUCUGAUGUUAAAGUUGAGAGCAGUCAAGACAUCUCACAGACUGAUAUAACAGUUUCAAAUGGAGGUGUAGACAAGGUCGAGGAGUCACUUGACAGUCAGAGCUCGACAGAAACUGAAAGAGUUGCGAAACAGGAGCUACCUGAGAUACCCCAAGUCAUCCCAAAAGACUCUGUCAACCCGUGUGAAUCAGAAAAUCCAAGUACUACUGCACAUAGUCCUGCAGAACAUAUGAGCGGAGAGGUGGCCAGCCUCGAAAGUAACAAAAAUCGUGAACAGACUGAAUCAUCCAGUGACCAAGAAGGUGGUGGGAGUCAGAGAAAGCCUGUGGCAAGAGCAAAUUCUCUGAAGGGUUCUGCAAAACAGGCGGAAAAGACAAAGGCCAAACUCGGGUCCUGGUCCAAAGGGAAGAGUCCUUUGUCUAAGCUCUUCACAUCAGGUGUAAGCGACAAAACAAACAAAACCGACCCAAAAGAUGCCAAGAAAACAGAUGUCAAACCCGGUGGUGGACUCUUAGGAAGACUCUUUCAGUCAUCCUCGGAGAAGGUAGAGGACACAACAAAAGCGGCUAAGCAAGAUGAAAGAAAUGAGAAAGCACACGCUGAUGACAGAAAGACAGAGGAGGUAAAGGAGGCCGUUAUGAAAGAGUUGCAAGAAGAAGGUGGCACGUCUCAAGCUCCACUUCAGGAACAAGAGGCUGGGGAGCAUACAAAGGAUGAGUCACAUUCUGCGGAGCCCAACACGCCGGACGGUAACACAAGUGAGUCUGUGAGCACAUCCUCAGAGCCAUCCCACCUGAUCACUACUUCAAGCGAAACACGAGACGACGUUAGAGCUCUAGAACAAACCGAGGCGAGUCCGACAGAUGAUCAGGAAUCACAUUUGCAAAGCGGUGAGGCUACAGGCCCGUCUGUGAUCGAUCCUCCCAAUACUGUGCAGUCAGUGAACGCAGCAUCUGAGGAGUCAAGUGGAGGUGAAGCUCUGAGUGCUCCAGUUAAUGAUGAUAUUUUUGGGGACAGUGUCAGUUCAGCCUCUGUUGAGACUUUGGCCGUUCAGAUAAUUGCUGAUGAAUCCGUUCAGAAGCCGAGCGAGUUGCUUGAUGCAUCAGACGUAGAAGAAAGAGGCAGCGGAGGACUUCUUGAUCUCAAUCAAGAACCUCCUCAAGAUGCCUCUAAUCUUUUUGCUCAGUCUGACUCUGCAGAGAUUUUCGCAAACACCCCUGUUGAUAUAUUUUCAUCUUCUUUAAGUAGCGCAGCUUUGUCACCUGCUCCUAUUGAUACUUUCAGCCUGCUGGACUCAAUGCCGUCUGAGAAUGAAGUAGUGCUCGGCAUGACUGAUCAGCUUAUUGUCUCCGAGACAGCAUCCGUAAACCAAACUGAGGAUCAAACCUCGGGCACUGACUUCGACAUAUUCGGUUCAAAUGACGCUCUGUUCACUCAGUCACCUGCUGUAAAUGCGUCUGAUCAAUCAACAAACCAACCGUCUGCCUUUCCCGACUUCUUUGGACUUAGUGACAUCUCAAAUGGUACAGAUGUGUUGCUUUCACCCACCUCAGGCACUUCUAACUCACUGGAUGAUCUGUUCGGUUCAGAUACCUCCUCUGCUGCUGCUGCUCCUUCAGCUCAGACAGAUCUUUUUGCCAACGAUAUCUUUGCAUCAGAGCCACAGUUGCUGUCAGUGUCUGAGCCAAGUGUUGUGGAUUUUUUCGCAGACAGCACAGAGCAACCAGCAGAAAAUACUGUCACAAGUAGCAGCUGGAUGGAUGAUUUACUCGGGUGAUUGCAGGAACGUGUUAACACGGUAAUAAUACACAGUUGGAAUGUACAAAAAUCAUCAUCAUAGAUUUGCGGUAUCCUAUGCAGGAUUUUCAUUAAAAAAAAUAUGUGAUGGUGUCUUCCUCAAUAUUUUUGCCUGGUUUGUGAUGUUUCAGGGUGAUUGUGGAGAAGGAUAAUUGAUGGUUGAGACCCAUUACCAGGUAGUUACAAUAAAUGCCGACAUUUUGACCUGCUAAUGAGACUCAACAAUGUGUGUUUAGAAACAGAACUGACAAAUCCUACAUAAUGUGCCUUUAAGAUGUCUUUACAAAGCAUUCCAAUUGAUUUGACAACCACUUAACGUUUAAUUACUUAUCAAAGCCACAGCUAACACUUUUUUCAUUUAACAUUGCUUUUUAUUUUGAAAUUUGUAUCAAACACAAUCUGUGACAUUUAUGUGCUUCGGUUCAAAUGUGUAGGGUAAAUACAGCAUGUGUCUUUACGUUACAGCUGCAAAAUUAACAUUUUUCAUGACAUGACAUGGUUUUUUUUUCAAAGAUAACAUGAAGAGAAGCAGAUGAUGUAAUGUUUGCUAUGAACUGUCUUUCAAGGGAUUUUUUUUAAUGAAUGAACAAUUAAAAACUCAUAACAAUAAGGUGUAAUUUGACCAGGAAAUAUUGUGACAUAAAAAUGCUGUGUUCUGAAUGUAUUGAUUAAUAAUUCAUCUGUAAUAAAAUUCCAAAUUUGAGCACUGAAACAGUUUUGUUUGAUGACCCCUUGAAGUUUAAAUAGAUGGAAAUACCAGCAUCUCAUACAGUUAAACUCCAGGCCAGGCCUUUAUUUUUUUUAGGCUCCUAAAGCAAAUAGAUUGGCAUUUGGGGAUAUUCGCUCGCUUUCUUGCACAGAAUUGAAAUGCUAUCUCACAUAAACAGUUUGGUUGCAACGAGCUAAGUUAUCUGAUUGUGCUCCAAUAGAGUGCUGUUGAUUUUUUCAAAAAAGUCUUUGCAAGAGAAAUGAACCUUCUAUAGUUUUCUGAAAAUCUUCCAAAUAAUUUGCUAGUCUGAAAGUGUUUAAGCCACACAUAUCAUUAACUAUCUUGAAAAAGGCUGUGCAUGUUUGAAUUUGUGUUGCAACAAUUACAAGGGAAAUGGUUAGUGUUCAGGUGGUACAGAUGGUAAAUAUCCAGUCAUUGUUGCUAUUAUAGUUUUAUUUUAAAGUCUUGGACUGUAAAAUAUAGAAGUGAACUAAUUUUGAAUUUUGAGGAAACAGUAACAUUGAAUAAAUGUUAAAAUGUUAAUAUAUUUUAGUUAAUUACUCAACAAAGUGAUGUUAUCUGGUAUCAGCAGCCUUUGAAAUAAAGAUUUGUUCAUUUUUAUUCAAAAUGUUAGAGCAUUUUCAACAUUUUCAUUGCAUGACAGCUCAGUUAAUGUCAAAUGAAGCAGCAUGAGCAAAGGAAAGAAAAGGGUGAGAAAAACAUAUGAUGUGAAGGGAUGAAUUAUGUGUUGUUACAAGUAAACACAGACUGUAUAUUAAUAUUCAUUUGAGUUGAACAGCUAGCAGUGUUUGGGGAGGUCUUGUUUUCCAAGGACAAAUGAUGGGCGAGUGGUAUCAGCGAGCUGACGAUGAAAUGUGGAAAUAUCAUAUCCUUAUAGUGUUUACUGUUUAACAUGUAAGUUAUCGUGUAUAUAAUUGUUUUUUAUUGCCAUUGUGCUCUUGGGUUAAAUGUAUGAAAUUAAUAAAUACAAAAGCAAUUUCAAUUAGUCUUCUUUUUGGUACACAUAGAGUUAUUUGUGAAGGUAUAUUAAUGGAUGCAACAAUUUGAAAGAUAUGAAAGCAAACAGUGAUAAAAUCAGCACAGUAUAGUGCAGUACAGAUAAUAGUAAAAAUGCAUUUGAUCAAUGUUAACUUGGUCUAUUUUACUCGAAAAAUACAUUAGAUGAAUAUGAUAUAGUUAUUGUUACACAUUGUUUUUGUGUAAUAUGAAUGUGUUUCACAAAAUCCCAUUCUAACAUUAGGCCAAUGCAAUAUGUCCAAAUUCGAAUCUGAGGGAGAGUUACUGUUUCAGCAUUGCCAAGUUUGAGUCUGAGGUAAAUCACAAUGUUUCAGCGUGAUUUUGAUCAUUAUAUGAUAACAAUCUGAUCUGGAACAAUUUGAUAACAUCCAAAUAAAAUCAUUAGUCACAAUGUUAAGACGCUAUAACAUUCAAACCGGAAUUGUGUGGAUAUGAUUUGUCCCUCUUUGUCAUUCUCCUCCUCUUGCUCUCGUUCUUCCUCUUGCUGCUUGCUGCUCUUCUUUCCAGACACGCUAGAGGUCGCCAGAGGCCUCUUUUAUGCUCUGAUAGAUUAAAGAUUAAACUGUAAUUUCAGUUAAACAAAUAAGAAGUGAGUGAAACAGCUGGUAAUUAGUGUUUGACAUUUUGAAGGAACUGUAUGAUUACAGUCAGAAUUUAGUU